AUGCGAUCUUUUCCGCCGUCACCAGCUCCCGCAUCUAUCGAAAACAAUACGCAUCAUCAUCUACAUGAAGACUUCACUCUUAUGGUCAUCGUCUUCGUUUUGUAUGGCAUUGUUGCCAUAAGGUAUGCAACCUUUAACGAUGGUUGUCGUGGAACUAAUCUUAGAUUCCAGAGACCGCAACCACCUCUACCGUUACCACAACCUCAGCCGCCAAUGUGUCCGCGGGAGAUUGCGGCGAUGAUUAAAGACAUAGUUGUGGACGUGGAAUUAUGUUGUCCGAUAUGUCUUGAGGAUUUGAAGAAGGUUGAUAAUGAUGAUGAUAAAGUCGUGGUUUGUUUAUCCAAGUGCAAUCAUAGUUUCCACAUGAAUUGCAUAUUCUCUUGGCUUAGAGAAAGUCAGGAUUGUCCCAUCUGUCGUAGCACUGUUUACAGAGGUGGAGUUACAUUGAUCAAAUAA